UCGUCUUUAUGUAUGUGUGUGUAAUCCCAGCGCUGACCCAGAAAGCGCUCAGCAGCAGCGGCUUGUUCACGCUAGACUACGGUCACUGGAGAUACCUGCUCUGCUUUACAGACUGCGAACACCGAACAGCAUCUCUACACGAUUUAUUUGACGUGAAGAGAAGGCAUGGCUGAACACAUGAUGAUGCCUAUGACUCACAGCUCUGCUGGCGGAGGCCUGCAUGGGUAUCGCAUGGGGAUGAGCGGCCCUUCUCCGCAUGGACACCAGCCCGGUCUGCGGACCCUUCCCAAUGGGCAGCUCAUGCACUACACCAGGGGGCCGCAGAGCUCCAUGGAGGUGGCCAUGAGGCAGAGGAACGUGAUGAACGGCGUCAUGAACGGUCAGGUCAAUGGCCAGAUGAGCGGCGGGCACCCCCACCAAAUGCAGCAACCCAAUAUGAUGUACGGAGCUCCGAAUCAGCAACCGCAGGGUCAUCCUCAAACCCAGCACCAUCAUAUGCACCCCCAGAGCCAGCACCCACAGCAGUAUAUGGGAGGAGGAGGCCUUACAGCAUCUCAGCAGCUUAUGGCGAGCAUGCAUCUUCAGAAACUCAAUACUCAGUACCACGGGCAUCCACACGGACCCAUGAACGGCCAUCACAUGGGGAAUGUCCAGCAUAGAAUGGGUCCUGCUCAGUUGGCAGGCAUGCAGAUGGGGAUGGGUGGGCCAGCGCUGGGCCUCAAUGUCAUGGACAUAGACUUGAUUGAUGAGGAGGUUCUGACGUCCUUGGUGCUGGAGUUCGGGCUAGACCGGGUUCAAGAGCUGCCAGAGCUUUUCCUCGGACAAAACGAGUUCGAUUUCAUCUCUGACUUUGUGUGCAAGCAGCAACCAAGUACUGUCAGCUGCUGAGGUUCUGGAAUCAGAGAAAGACUUGGUCGCCAAGAAGAAGCCAGUGCAAGACGAGAAAAGCUAAAGCAACCAGGUUCUCCGUAUCUGUGAAGCUGUGCUAUGCAUGUUGCAGGGCACGCUGUCUUUCAAUGAGGGAAAAUGACUUCUCUGGAUGUUCUUCAGCACAAUUGUUGCUUCGGCGAGCAGGCCUUGGUCCCAUUGGUCAUCCUGGAUUGAUGGUGACCAAGUGUCCCAGGCAUGAAUGUAACUUCACACGGUGGAAAAAGAAGUCUGCUUGGAACUUUGCAGAAACUGCUUUGCCUCUUCAGGGGGCAACUAGAAUCAAUAGCAUUUAGAAAUGUAUUUAUGUAUAACACCUACCAAAAAAAGCAGACGUGAUCUGUGGUGAUAGAGGCUUGCCUUUUCUCAAACUAACCCCACGACUUGUGAUGAAAGACCUCUGAAUGAGUGCGUCAUGUGGGAAUUGAAGGCUGGUACUUCAAAACGGGUUGUUUUUUUCUUCCAGUAGCUCUUAAUGAUGUUUGAAACAGUAAGGGGUGGUGAGGUGGUAGUUGUUGGGUAUGAAACAUUAUUUGUGCGCAGUGUUACACUGUACAUUUGAUUAUUUCCAUUCUACUGCUAUUUAAAAUUUGACUGCCUAGUAAAAAUUUGUCACUUUCAACACUCAUUCUUUUGCUGAACAAGACCCAAAAUGAGUGUUUUACAUUCACUAUAGGAUGUGUCUUGAUACUUUCAGGAAUAUUUCUGUGUUAGGAAAAACUUGAGAUUUAUUUGGUGGAAUGUUUUGUAGCCUCCCUUACCAAACGCUGAGCCUGUGCUCCCUGCUGACGAGUCUAUACUGCCUUAUAGUUUUUUACACAGAUACUGCUAAACGUUCAUUGUCAACAUUCUUACCUUGUUCCAUGGAAUAAGGAAGAAACUGAUGUCUAUGUAUGAUUCAAACAGGUGGCAUUGAAACUCCAGCUGUUAUGUAGUGUUUGCUCAUACGCUCCUUAUCUUAGUGAAGAACAUGGACCGUAGUCUCCAUUAAGGACGUCGAUUAAACCUUCUUCUGAGUUCUGCUGUUUGAAACAACCCCUAUAACCAUGACGCCAAAUUCUUGAGGAGCCAACCUUACAAACUAGCAUAAAAUGUUUCUGGCUCCCCAAACACUGCAGGUUUAAACCUGAUUACAUUUAAAUUAGACUUACAACCUUCUUGUUAAUUGAGGUCAGCAUGGUCAGUCAUCUCAGAUGGCCUGAUAAUUACAAAAUGGACACGUUCAUUUGCUUGCUAUCGCUCAGGGUGUAGUGAAGAUUUGGAAACGGCUGACCGGCUGAGUUUGACAACUUCCUGUGUCGUUAUGUUGCCAGUUCUUGAGUUUUCUGUGGGGGUUGGGUUGGUAUGGAAAUAGCACAGCAUACAGUACUAGUAGGUUAAUCUGUUCCGCCAGAGCAGGGCUCAACUCCCUCGACUCUACCCUCCCUUAGCUCGGGUAAUUGCUGUACGUACGGCUUGAGAUUGUGAACACCGAAUGGAGAGAGAAAAAAAAAGCACAAACAACUUGAUGAGUCAUAUCCUGUGUUUUACAACUCCAUCUCGGCUGAUUGUUUAGGACAUUGAUUCAUAAUGAACGGAAAAUUCUGAGAUUUUUGUCAGCUUCAUUUUAUGUAUCAGUAGAGACUGGGACAUCUUCCCCGAUAUCCUCAUUCUCAUGAAACUUGGAUGAUUAUAAACAAACUGCAUCUAGAAACUGAAAAAUCAAAUGAUCUGUAGAUUUCUAAAUGAUGACUGAAUGAUUUUUCACAUGCCCAGAGAUUAAUUGGGCUAAUUUACGUUUUCUGUUAAAACUUUUAAACAAAUGCUACUUGAGUUUGUCAGUCUGUAAAUCACAAACCACCCCGCAGAUGAGUCAGAAUGUCCCUUGCAGGUGCGAUUGUAUGUUGUGUGCUGUCAUGUACUGUCGCCAUGCUCCCACAAAUGCUUUUUUUUUUUUUAAAUGUUGUUGAUUCUACCUUAAGAAAAUGUAUUUAUUUUCAUUGAAAAUAAAAUAUUUAUUUUAA